GUUUGUUUACGUUUGAUUUCGGUUGCACGCAAUUUAGGUGCGCGCAUAUUUUUAUUUAUUUUUCGUGAAUUAAGCAACUAAAUUGGCAUGAAGUUCUCCUAUAAGUUCUCGAAUUUGCUUGGAGCAAUUUAUCGUAGUGGAAAUCUACAAUUUACACCUGACGGCAAUAGCAUUAUCAGUCCGGUCGGUAAUCGUCUCUCAAUUUAUGAUUUACGCAACCACAAAUCACGCACUUUAUCACUCGAGUCGCGUUACAAUUAUGUCUGCAUCGCACUUUCGCCAGAUGGCAGUUUGUUAAUUGCUGUAAAUGAAGUAGGUGAUGCACAGCUUAUAAGUUUGAUAUCAUGUUCGGUAAUUCACCGCCACAAAUUUCAAAAUAAGCCACAAUGUGUAGUGUUCAGCCCGAAUGGGGCAUAUUUUGCUGUUGGUAUGGAUAAUAUUGUCUUGGUGUUUGCUGCGCCUGGCGAAAUCACCGGUGAAUACAGUCCGUUUAUGUUGAAACGGCGCUUCCUAGGCGGUUUUGAUAACAUAACAUGGCUGGACUGGUCCACUGACUCACGUUUUCUAGCUGUAGGUUGUCGUGAUGGUACAACAAAAAUUGUUGGCAUGCGGCUUAUGUCAAAUUUCCGCACAUAUAUACUAUCCGGUCACACAGAUGCCAUCAUCGGUAGCUUCUUUGAACGCAAUAGCAUGCAUGUAAAUACACUCAGUCGCAAUGGUCAGCUAUGCAUAUGGGAAUGCAGUGUAGGUCCAACAGAUAUUGAAGAGGUGACGCCUGAACAACUUGAAGCAAAAAAAUAUAAAACUAAGAAGAAGAAAAUCGUAAAAGAAGAAGAUUCUGAGGACGAUGUCGAAGAUAAGGAAAAGGAAAAUAUAGAUAAUGUCGCAGAUACGAAACCAAAUGAUGAAAACGAAGUAAAGGAUGUGAUGGCAAGUAAAACGCAUACAUUUUUCUAUAAAAAACUUGGCAGACAUUAUCUGGGCGAUGAACCACGUAAAACGGAUUAUCAUGCAGUGGCAACAGCGGCACAUUAUAAUAGUCGUACAAAAAUUUUAGUGGUCGCCUUCAGCAUUGGUGCAUUUUAUUUAUACGAAUUGCCCGAUGUCAAUAUGAUACACUCGCUGAGCAUUUCCGACUAUGCCAUAUCGGUGGCCCUAUUCAAUGGCACUGGUGACUGGGUGGCGCUGGCAUCACGAGAGUUGGGGCAACUGCUAGUGUGGGAAUGGCAAAGCGAACAAUACAUUAUGAAGCAGCAAGGACAUAGCAGUGAAAUGACAUGCAUAAGCUACUCGGCCGAUGGCCAAUACAUAGCGACAGGCGGCGAAGAUUCGAAAGUGAAGUUAUGGAAUACGCAAAGUGGUUUUUGUUUUGUAACUUUUAGUGAACACACUAGUGGCAUUACUGGCAUACAAUUUAGUCGUAAUAAGAAUUUCUUAGUAAGCUGUUCGUUGGAUGGCACAGUGCGUGCCUUCGAUAUCAACAGAUACCGCAAUUUCCGUACAUUCAGUUCACCGGAACGUGUACAAUUUUCAUGUGUAGCCAUUGACCACUCUAGUGAAUUUAUUGUUGCUGGUUGUCAGGAUGUUUACGAUAUGUAUUUGUGGUCCGUGAAAUUAGGUAGACUAUUGGAAGUGAUAAGUGGACAUGAGGGACCUGUGUGCACGGUGGCAUUUUCACCAGUGGCAGCAAUGACAACACUUGUUUCCGGUUCAUGGGAUAAAACUAUUAAAGUUUGGAAUUGUUUGGAGAAUAAUAGUGAACACGAAACAAUAGAUUUGUUCGCUGAUGUAACAUGCGUAGCGUACAGUCCAAGUGGUGAGCAUGUCGCCGCUGCUACACUCAAUGGGCACAUCACCAUUUUCGAUGUCAAAUCAGCCACACAAAUAUGUUCCAUUGAGGGGCGUAAUGACUUGGCUGGCGGUCGCUAUGAAGCAGAUGUGAUCACAGGCAAGAAAAACCUGGAGGGCAAAUAUUUUACCUCCAUUGAGUACUCCGUUGAUGGCGAAUGCAUAAUUGCAGGUGGCAAUUCGCAAUACAUAUGCAUUUACCAUGCACGAGAAGCUGUGCUGCUGAAGAAAUUCGAAAUAACACAAAACCACAGCUUGGACGGAUUGGAUGAAUAUAUAAAUCGUCGUAAUCUUACAGAAUUCGGCAAUUUAGCACUUGUUGAAAAACGUGACGAACUGGAGGGUGGUAAUGUGGCAAUCGGUUUGCCGGGUGUGCAAAAGGGUGAUAUGGCAAGCAGAAAUAUCAAGCCAAAAAUUAAGGUGUUCUCAGUGCGCUUCAUGCCAACGGGGCAAUCGUAUGCGGUGGCCUGCACAGAGGGUUUAUGUUUAUUCUCACUCGAUAAAGGCGUGGUCUUUGAUCCCUUCCAUUUAUCGUUGGAAGUAACGCCGAAAGCCAUACGUGAUUCUGUGGAUAACCGUGAUUUUUCACAGGCGUUGGUCAUGUCACUCAAACUUAACGAGCCGCAUUUAAUUUAUAUGGUUUUAGAAAAAAUACCACAUGAAGACAUACAACUGAUUUGUUCAACUUUGCCGGAAACCUUUGCACACUCCUUGCUGCUAACCAUUGCACGUGGCUUACAGACUAGUACACAUUUAGAAUUCUAUUUGAACUGGUGUUGUAGUUUAUUAGCUACACAUGGCAAUAAGAGCGAUUUGUUACAACAUCAUGGGUUGCUAUCGCUGCAGGAGAGUCUAUCACAGAAAUAUGAGUCACUCAAUCGAAUUUGCGAUUUCAAUAAAUACACUAUGCGAGUAAUACUAAACGCGGCCAAGGAACGUAGGAAGCAACGUGAUACAGUCGCUGAGAAUCAACCAAAAUCACAAGUUGCGGGCAGUGAUGUUAAUGACGAUGAUGGAGAUGAUGAUGAUAUGUUUUUAAUUAAAUCAAAAAGUGACGAUGCUGUAGCGGAAUUUGAUGAUGAGGAAGAGAGUGAUAGUGAUGAGUGACAAAGUUAGCAGUUAGUGUACAAAGUUCGAUAAAAUAUGUUAAAUAAUGACCUCCCUAAGACUAGAAUUAAAUACAUUUUUAUUGGCGAAUAAAAGUGCUUUAUU